AUGUGCCAGGAUGACAUUAAACAGGAGCGGGCUGAGGACGCUCCCCUGUGGAACUCCACGAUGCACAAAGUAGUUGGCACUGUCACCAUCUGCUGUGCGUACGAACAGAGACCUGUCAGAGAGGAAGGCUUGCAACCAGUGAAGCCUGCCCAGGACGCACCGUCCCCAAGCGGGCACACGCCGUUUCAGCAAAGCGGGAAGACGCUGCUCGCAUCGGAGGAGCUGGGCGACAGGAGGCCUACUCAACUUCUCCGUCCGCUGCAACAACUGCUCGGAGAAAAGGCCAGCACCAUUGAUGAGACUCUAUUGCGGGAGCCUUUCCUUCAGCGCCUCCCCGCCAGCGUUCGUAUGAUACUGGCGUCAGCGAAGAGCACAACGUUGCCGGACAUCGCAAACAUGGCCGACAACAUCAUGGACGUUGGCUCCCCGGUCAUCGCUGCCGUCGGACCCCAACACGAACCCCCGGCUAUUAUGGAGCUCCGGAAGGACAUCAUAGACCUCAAAGACACGUUAGCUGCACAAGACAGCCACGUCAUCGAUGACCUCCGCGCUGAGAUGAACAACCUAGUUAAGAUGGUGCAGUCGCUCGGCCCAAUGCAGCGAGGCCGGAGCCGAUCAGCUUCACGCCGACCAGCGCCAGCCCGACGACAGUCUCCAACGCCGAGCAACAAUGUGUCAACCACCGUGCUCGAGAGCGGGAAACGGGACGGCCAGCAGCUAACGGCGGUAAGCGAAGCUGGUCACCCACCCACCCGCCACAGACUCUUUUAUGUCACGGAUCGCGCCACAAAACAGCAGUUCCUCGUCGACACAGGUGCGCCAGUGAGCAUCAUCCCGGCGUCAAUAACGGAUCGCCGUGGCAAACCGGCUGCACCUGAACUCUACGCUGUGAACGGCUCCGCGAUUCACACAUACGGUGAGCGUUCCCUUACAUUGGACAUUGGCCUGCGACGAACAUUCCGUUGGAUCUUUGUGGUUGCUGACAUUGCCUACGCCAUCAUCGGAGUGGACUUUCUACGCUAUUUUGGACUACUAGUGGACAUUCGCCAAAAUCGCCUUCUAGAUUAG